UUUCCUUGGGCAAAGAAGGCAUCUUCGUGUUGCUGCCUCGCCCUCGGUUUACAUGUUUCCUUGCUGCAGCUCCCACUGCACGCCCGCCCGGCUCUUCGCCCCACCUCUUCUUCCCCAACUCGCCUCUCCUUUCCUUUAAAAGCUCCCUCCGGAGCUUCCACUUCACACCACAACACGACUCACCUUCUUCCUUAGCGAAGUUGAACCGAUCGACCGAUCAUAUCCAUAUAUCUCCAGUCCAACUCCAAGCUCGAUAGUUUCUUCUUCAAUCCAAAGGAACUCCCGGGAACAAGAAAGACCCAGGAGAAACGAAUCGAUAGGGACUUGUCCUAAGCUAAAGAAACCGCCCGAGCGAGCUCCCUAUCCACCCAUCGCCAUGGCCGGUCAGUGCCCGGUCCUCGCCCGCGCACGCCGCCAGUGCCGUCGGUCACCCAGAAACUAACUAAGAGAGCAAGGGAGAGAGAAGAAGCUCUUGCGCCGCCCGAUUCUUUCGGGCCGUUUCUUUGGGCUAGCGAGAAUGCGGCAGCUCUCGUCGCUGCUGCAGGGCCUGGCCCGAUCGAUGGCCCUGGGGAAGGAGAGGAAGGAGGAGGGGCAGGGGACGGUGCUGCGGACGUCGGGGACGCUGUGGGGCGAGGGCUCCGAGACCUUCGCCGCCGUCUGGUCUCGCCGUGGCGAGAAGGGCACCAACCAGGACUGCUCCGUCGUCUGGGAGGGAUUCGGAUGCCAAGAGGACACCAUCUUCUGCGGCAUCUUCGACGGCCACGGCCAAUGGGGUCACUACGUCUCCAAGGCCGUCCGGGACUCGCUGCCGCCGUCGCUGCUGUGCCGCUGGCAGGAGGCCGUAGCGCUGACGUCGCUCAUCGACGGCGAGAAGAAGCUCGGCGACUGCCAGUUCGACCUCUGGAAACAGUCCUACCUGGCCGCCGCCGCUGCUGUCGACGAAGAACUCCGCCGCAGCCGCCGCCUAGACGCGGUCAACAGCGGUUCCACGGCAUUGUCAAUCGUCAAGAAGGGUGACACGAUGGUGAUCGCCAACGUCGGCGACUCGCGAGCUGUUCUGGGGACCAUGUCGGACGACGGCAGCAUCGCGGCCGUUCAGCUAACCAUCGACUUCAAGCCCAACCUGCCUCAGGAGAAGGCGCGCAUCGUGCAGUGCAAGGGCCGCGUUUACUGCCACGACGACGAGCCCGGCAUGCACCGGGUGUGGCUGCCGGAUCGGGAGGCGCCGGGGCUGGCCAUGUCGCGUGCGUUCGGCGACUACUGCGUCAAGGAUUACGGCGUGAUCUCGGCGCCGGAGGUGACGCAGAGGAGGAUCAACGCACGGGACCAGUUCGUGAUCCUGGCUACCGACGGGGUAAAUGGAGCUCCCUCUCGUGUCUCGUCCAGCUCCAUGCGUUGUUUAUGCCUAGGCAAUUGGCACGAUUCUGCUAUACUACAGCAUCAUCUGAUGAUGGAAGACUUUGUCCGGCAGGUUUGGGACGUGAUCUCCAACGAAGAGGCGGUGCAGAUCGUGGCUGGCACGCCGGACAGGGAGAAGGCGGCGAAGCGGCUGGUCCAGUGCGCCGUCCGUGCGUGGAGGCGCAAGCGGCGGGGCUACGCCGUGGACGACUGCUCGGCGAUCUGCCUCUUCUUCCACUCGCCGCCAUCCUAGACAGCAGUAGACAGCUUCGUCCCCGCGUUGCCGACGACCGCCCUUGUCUUGGUAGAGUGGGUGUAGGGCAGAGACUUGGAACUAAUGCCGGUGGAUGACCGAAAGAUGAGGACGACAAUGCUGCUGCAGUCUGAACUGUGGCCCGAAAAAUAUCUGACCAAGGCAUCUUUUCUUA